AUGGAGGAGAGAAAUAACAACAAGGAAAAUGCAGAGAUCGCUUUGCAAGCUCGACUCAAUGAGAACAAUAAGAAGUCGAAAGGAAAAUGGCUCAUGAUGAGUAAAGGGAAUUUUUUGAACUUUGGUGGGAGAGAGUCUCAAAAUUCAAAGAUUUCUACUUGUCAAAAAGGCAACGGGCUGCGUGACAACAACACUAGUUCCGAGAACGCUGCAAAAACAUGUUGUAACUGGUUAUUUAAAGACAACAGUCAGAUACAUGCAAAAGAAAACGUUAUGGUGACUGUGAGAAAACGAGUUCAAUGCAUUGAAGAAUGGUAUUUGGAUUUCAGUUGUUCUAUGCAUAUGAAGGGGAGGAAGGAUUGGUUUGUCAAAAUCAAUCAAGCCACGAAGAACAAAGUGAAAUUCACAGAUGACACAACUUUAACGGUCGAUGGUACCUGUGAUGUUUUGAUCAUAAAGAGGGGUGAUGGAUAUUCCUUGAGCAAAGAUGUAUUGUACAUUCCAGAAAUAAAAUGUAACCUUAUACGUACUGGCCAAUUACUUGAGAAGGGUUACAUGAUUCAUAUGGAAGACAAGACGUUACAUGUCAUGGAUGCAAAUAGAACUUUCAAGGUUGAGCUAAUGGUUACAGCGCAUAGGUGUCUUGCUACAACGGUUAGUCAAGAAGAGUGGUUAUAA